AAUCGUCAUAUUUAAAAUCAGGUGAAGAUUCAGGGACAAAAUGAAGAGAUGCUUCUGGCAGCUUGUGAACAGUUCCUUGGGAAAAAAGAGAACGAAAUUCAACACAUCGCCUUAGUAACCUUAGAAGGGCACCAAAGGGCCAUCAUGGGUUCCAUGACUGUCGAGGAGAUAUACAAGGAUCGCAAAAAGUUCAGCAAGCAAGUUUUCGAAGUCGCUUCUUCUGAUCUAGUCAAUAUGGGCAUUACUGUAGUUUCUUACACCCUGAAGGAUAUCAGAGAUGAAGAGGGUGCCAAGGGAUACCUAAAGAGCUUGGGCAUGGCUCGAACAGCAGAAGUGAAACGUGAUGCCCGAAUUGGUGAGGCUGAAGCCAGAUGUGACGCACAAAUAAAAGAAGCUUUGGCCGAAGAGCAGCGGAUGGCCUCCGUCUUUUUGAACGACACUGAAAUAGCGAAGGCCAAACGAGAUUUCGAGUUGAAAAAAGCCGCAUACGACGUCGAAGUACAAACGAAAAAUGCCGAAGCAGAAAUGGCAUAUGAACUUCAAGCCGCCAAAACCAAGCAGAGAAUCAAGGAGGAACAAAUGCAAAUUCAAGUUGUUGAGAGGACUCAGCAGAUAGCAGUUCAAGAACAGGAAAUAGCUAGAAGAGAGAGAGAAUUGGAAGCCACCAUUCGCAGACCAGCCGAAGCUGAAAAGUAUAGAUUGGAGAAGAUCGCCGAGGCCAAUCAUAAGAGGGUUCUUCUGGAAGCUGAAGCAGAGGCAGAAGCACUCAGAUUGAAGGGUGAAGCAGAAGCGUUCGCUAUUGAAGCUAAAGCUAAAGCUGAAGCAGAACAGAUGGCCAAGAAGGCGGAAGCUUGGAAAGAAUACAAGGAAGCUGCUAUGAUCGAUAUGUUCCUUGAUGUAUUGCCAAAG